GUAAUGAUUUUGACAUUUAUUAUAUUAGACUAGCUUGGAUAGUGUUCAGGAGCUUAGAAUAACGGGGUCUAGAUCUAUCAUAGCUCUUGCUAUCCUAGCCAGGAAAAGACCUGUUAAAUGAUAACAGAUAGAAUACACAUACAUACACAUACAUAUAAUGAAUCACGAACAGUACAAACAAUUUGAUCAACCAGUUUCGUUUUCACCAUAUUGGGAAUGUGGCCUGUGUCUUCUUUGACUUAAGUUGGAAAAUUGAUAUAAACAAGAUGUCAGAAUCUGGAGACCGUGCUGAGGACACACUCGAGUCCUUCGAGGAGCGAGAGAGGCGCAAGGAGCUGAAGCUGCAGGCCGAAAUGGAGGAGUACAAACAGAUGAGGCAGUCUGAAAAGGAGAAGGAGGAAAACGACAUAGAGGAACUCAAGAGGAAACGGAUUGAUCGUCAGAAGCAGCGUCAGGAGGAAGAGCAGCGCAUGGCGGAGCAGAGACGUGAGGAGGAUGCACGCAGGAAGGUGGAGGAGGAAGAGCGUAAGAAGCGUAAGGCUGAGGAGGAGGAGAAACGACGCAGGGAAAAGGAGAGGCGCAGGGUGGAGGCUGAGAAAAGGAAGGGGCCAAAGACCCCUAACUUUACCAUUGUCAAGAAGGAAGGGGCAAGCAGCACAGAUGAGGAGGUAGAAAAGAAAGCUCCCCAGAAAACCAAGGAGGACCUUGAGCGGGAAAAGCAGGCGUCGCUGAAAACUAGGGUGGGUACCGUGCCUGACAUGGGCUCCAUGACUGCUGACCAGCUGAGGGACACCGCCAAGGAACUGCACGACCAGAUCUGGAACGUCGUCAGCAACAUGUACAACAUGAUGGAGCGCUAUAAGAGGCAACAAUAUGACAUCGUUGAGCUCCAGGAAAGAGCCAGGGCUAUGAGCAAAACAAAGAAGAAGGGCAUAGCAAGUGUACAGGUUGAUGACUCUUAUGACAGAAUGAACGACAAAUUUGGAAAUGCACCUCCAAAAAUUCUUGUUGCAAAUAAGUAUGAAGCGAACCUAGACCGCCGUUCCUGGAGGGAAAAGGUUGAUGCUUUCAAUACAAAGGAGGACCUUUUAGAUCUAAAUAAAGUAUAUAGUGACUAUUACAAUAAUUUGGCGGAUACGUAUCUUACAGGAGGAUAUUGAUAUUGGACUGAAAACAUUUUAUGCGUUUGCAUAGACGUCCUCCUUUUUUCGCUUCACCUCCUAUGUGCUAUGCUGUAUCCAUGGAAACCAACUCUGAAUUGUACCUCAGCAACAGCAACAAUAUUGAAACAUAAGUCAUAUGUAUUCAUAAAUAGAACAGUUGUGAAGUUUUAGUUAAAUGUUAAGGCAAUGGAUAAAGGAAGCUUUUUUUUUGGUAAACAUGUUUGUUUCAUCUUGUUACCUAUAAGUUACAUCUGUUUGAGGUUAUAAAAGGUCGAUACAAGUAUGCUAUAUAAGUAAUAAGCAAAAUUGUAGUCAUGAAUUGGUUAAUAAAAUACAAAGUAUUAAUACAAAUGCGAGCAAGUAUUGUUAGCUCACUAUUUCUUUAAUGGUGAUAAAAAGAGUAAAUUGCAAGAUUUUGAAGCGCCUAUUUAAUGCUUGCCAAGUUGUGUGGGUUCAUUCUUUUUAUGUACUUUUGAAUAUUAACCUUGACAACAGAUGCAAUGUAUGUGAUUUUAUGGAAUGUGUAUAUGCUAUUAAUUUUGUAUUUCCUUUUAUUUAUUUUCUCUGUCGUUUUUUCACUGUGUUUGUGAGAUACAAUAUUUGUUUGGAAAAAUUUCUACGAAAUGUACUGAUCUAUAACUACUACCUUAUGUUUAUAAUUUCCUUCAUGGUGUAUAUUGCAGUCAUUUUGUUAUUAUUAUACAUGCGCUACAGUAUAUUUUGGUCUAAAAAAUAUAAUAGACAAAUCAGGAGUCGAAACAGAAGUAUGGAGACUAAAACAAAAGACGCAAAAAUGGUUUUUGAAAUAAGAUCUUCAGUGUGUUAAUGAGAGUUGUGUCUCGAAAUUAUUUUUCUGUUCAUUGUAAAAAUGUGUGUCUGUAUUUGGUCCAUGUACAAUUAAACUCUGCUAACGUUAAACAAAAUUGUUCACUUUUAGUUCAUAAUAGCGCUAAGGCUCAAAUUGAGCUAUUGUUAAAAUGUUAUGUCAGGUGUUGUGUAUUGUCAUUCAUCUUAUUUGUCAACACUUUAGAGGCCACAUUUUUCAUCCAUUCUUUAAGUUACUGUGACAGAAUGUGAAUAUAAGUUGGAAUCAGUCAGAGUGUAAUAAUUGUUUAAAAACAAGGUCUUGAAAAUCUUUUUAAAUUGAUACCUUUUAAGAAGCAACACUUAUUUCUUAGUCUUGAUGAAACUUUGUCAAAAUUGUUAUUCUGUCAAUAUAUAGGCAGAGUUUUAAUCUGGGUCUUGUGCGUCCAAAAACAAAGUCACUAGGUCAAAUCUUAGAAAAACUUGUAACUACCUAAAAAGCCACAUUUAUUACUCAAUCUUCAAGAAAAUUUGUCAAAAAUACUAACCUUGAAAAUUUCAACGCAUAGUUUGAAUACGGGUAACAUUUGUACAUUAACGAGAUAACCAGGUUCACUUGUACAUUAACGAGAUAACCAGGUUCACUUGUACAUUAACGAGAUAACCAGGUUCACUUGUACAUUAACGAGAUAACCAGGUUCACUUGUACAUUAACGAGAUAACCAGGUUCACUUGUACAUUAACGAGAUAACCAGGUUCACUUGUACAUUAACGAGAUAACCAGGUUCACUUGUACAUUAACGAGAUAACCAGGUUCACUUGUACAUUAACGAGAUAACCAGGUUCACUCUUUAAUACAACAACAAUUUUACUACUUAAGAAGCCACAUUUAUAACUUUUUUUUUUCUUCGUCAAAAUGUUUUAUAUUACUUAUACUUACCCAGUUUCAUAUAGGUAACAUGUGUACUAAACUAUGUCAAAAGCCACUUUAAAGCCACACACCCUGAAAUGAAAUACAUGGCAUAGUAAAAUUAAGUAUAAAUAAGAAACAUAUCUAAUCUAUGCCCAUUAGAAUAUAUCUGGUGGUUACAAGGUAGAAAUCCGCCUCUUUUGCGCUAAAAAAAAAGAAUCGGCUUUGUUGAAAUGGACGUAUACGUCUAGAAAUCCUAGUUUCGGUUUUAAAAGCGGUACCGUUUGAAAAAUAAUAAGUGACUUGCUAACUAGGCUAUAGAUUUAAUUUUAUCUAUGCCAUUUAGAAUAUAUCUGGUGGUUACAAGGUAGAAAUCCGUCUUUUUGCGCUUUAAAAUUUAAAAAUAAUCGAGUUUAUUGAAAUGUACGUAAAUGUAUAGAGAUCUUACUUUUGGUUUAAAAAAAAUAAAAAUACUUGCUUACUAGGCAAUAGAUUUAAUGACAAUUUUGCACACUUUCAAAUUGCAUCUAUAUGUAUUGAUUAACAUGUAUUUCAUUGGGAUUUCAUUUCAAGGUGUGUGGCUUUAAUGACUCAAUCUCAGUGAAAUGUGGUCAGAAUGUGUUUUUUUGGCAAAAUGUACUAGAUGCUAUGUCACUGUCUUAUCUGGGUAAUGUGCGAUUAAAAAAAAAAAGGUCACCAGGUUAAAUCAUCAAAAUAAACUUAAUACCAUUCUAGAGGCCAAAUUUACCUUAUUAAAUGUAUAAAUAACGUUAAUAUUGGGGUAUACGGACAUUUGCCCCUUCGUGAAAUCAGGAGUUAACGGACAUUUGCCCCUGCACUCAAAUUAUCAAGGUGGACAUUUACCCCUUCACUCAAUUUCUCAAGGUGGACAUUUGCCCCUUUGGACAUUUGGUGCUGAGAAUAACUUCCAUAAUGAAAAUAUGAUGAGUUAUGUGGAUAGUACAUUUUUGCAUUUCUUUUUAUAUCAUUUGUAUAAACUAAUAAACUAAUGUCACUUGAGUUAAGGGGCAAAUGUUCACCUUGAGAAAUCGAGUGAAGGGGCAAAUGUCCACAUUGAGAAAUUGAGGCAAGGGGCAAAUGUCCACCCUGAGAAAUUGGCUAAAUCGUAUAAAAAACCUUUCCUCUGUAGCAGCCACAUUCAGCACUCAAUCUAGAUUAAAUGUAAUAUCUUGACAAUAUAAAGACAAAGUUAGAAUAUGGUCACAUUUUCCUCAGACAUCUAUUAUAAAGUUCUUAACGCUGUGAAAGCCAUAUUUAUGAAUCAAUCUUAAAAAAACAAUUGUUAUCAUGACAAUAUCAAUAUCUAGACAAGACAUUUGCUAAUUAGUUUACAUUGAAAUCAGAUGUGUGCUUAAAUGCAAUCAUAUCCCUUUUGUAUUAUUUACUAGUAUAUAAUUUUCUUAACAUGUUCAUGCCCUUUCUAUUACACCUUUCUAUAUGGAUUGUGUCAAACUAAAGAAACAGCAUGUGUGGGUGGGGGUCUGAAAAAGGUCAGGGUGAUAUAUUUUGUCAAAAUUUAAUGGAUGGUAAACAUCAUUCAUAAAAAGCGACUUAAUAAUGCUGUUAUUGUUAAAGUACUCAUAUUUAAUCAUCUAUUCAGCAUAAUUUCAUGAGAUAUUCUCUGUAUACAAUGUCAUAAUAAUAUUAAGUAAUAAUGUACUGUACACAAUUGUCAAUAGGCCAAUACAAACACAUUGUGCGUUACUGUUUAAAGUGUUUUAUCAGAACAUUGGCUGGAUAGCAGAAGAAUCUUUUUUUAGCCGAAAGUGUAUACAAUACGGAUGUAUAAAUAUAAUUACAUAUUAACAUAUGUAUGUUAUAGAUCUAAGCUGGAAGUACAUGUAGAAACACUCCCUACGCCAGAGUUUUGGGGCGGGGCAGUUUUCUUAUAUUUAUAUAGUAAAAAAAAGCUUGUGAACACUCUAAGAAGUCACAUUUGCCCAAUCAUCAUGAAACUUGGUGAUUAGAUUUGGUUUAUAUAUAUCUCAGAUGAGUUUGCAAAUGGUCCUGAUGGGUCACAUGAAUAUGGCUGCCAGGGGGGUGGGGCAGUUUUCCUUAUGUGACUAUAUAGAGAAACCUUGUGAAGGAAUUUAUAGAAGUCACAAUUUUUGCCCAAUCAUUGUGAAACUUCGUUAAAACAUUGGUUUUAUUGAUUUCUUGGACAAGUUGGGAAAUGGCUCAGAUCGGUGAAACACACUUUUUAGCUCACCUGAUUUCUCAGGUGUGGUUUUAGGAUUGGUCUUUGUCCGCUGUCUGUCCGUCAACAUUUGGUUUGUAAACACUCUAGCAUUCACAUUUCUUAAGCAUACUUUAUCAAAGUUGCUGAAAGAUCUCAGUCAAGUUUGAUGAUGAGCAAAAUCACAUAAUUAAUUCCAUAAUUAUUGCUCUUAGAUUGUCCAAAUUUUAAUUAUAUUAUACAAAAUCCUUGUAAGCAAAGUUUGAUGUUUGGGGGGUCAACUCAAAAUAAAGGUCACCAUUUCAAAUCUUACAAAAACACUCCCUACGCCAGAGUUUUGGUUCAAUAAUGAUGAAACUUGACCAGGAUGUUUGUCUAGUCAAUAUCUAGGUCAUGUAUGACAUUAGGUAAAGAUUGAAUGAACAGACUCCUCUCAGGUGAGCAAACUAGGGCCAUCUUGGCCCUCUUGUUUACCUUGAAGGAUGGCCUUGAUCUUUCACUACUAAAAAUGUGCAGCUUCAUGAGAUACACAUGCAUACCAAAUAUCAUGUUGCUAUCUUCAAUAUUCAAAAAGUAAUGACCAAACUUUUAAGAAAGGUAAAGUUUAAGGAAAGAAAAUACAAUGAUCUUUGACCUUGAAGGAUCACAUUGACCUUGACUUUUCACCACUCAAAAUGUGCAGCUUCAUGAGAUACACAUGCAUGCCAAAUAUGAAGUCGCUAUCUUCAUUAUUGCAAAAGUUAUCAAACUUUAACCAAGUUUAAAGUUUUGGGACAGACAGACAGGCCAAAAACAAUAUACCCCCGAUCAUUCGAUCCGGGGGCAUAAAAAACAGAAGUAGACAUAUAUAAAAAGGGUGGAGAUAAUUCACAGAACUUGCCAUGUUUUCAUAAUAAUGAGCAAAUAGAAAUGGUUCAAUAGUUAAACUAUCUCUGCAUUGAAUUUGUGUUAUCAAGUGGUGGGUCAUUCGUAAAAACUACUCAAACUUUAUCAGAUAUAGGCUUGAUACAUCCAAAUAAACAUGCUGCUAUGA